AUGUAUUCAAUAACUUGCCAGUGCUCUAGUGUGCUUUCCAAUUCUUCACCAGUAGUGGUGGCUAAUGAUAAAAUUAAUAAUGUGAGACAUGCUAAUUUUGCUCAAAUCCCUUCAUGGGUCUCUUUAAAAAGUAGUCAUUCUUCAUUGAAGACCAAUCAAAAUAAAAAUGGCCAAGUGGAAAACUUGCAUUUGAUUUCUUUAACCAAACAAGGAAAGGUUAGAGAAGUGCAUGAAUUCAUUGAAAGAAUGGACAGAGAGGGUAUUUCCAUUAAUCCUCAAUCUUACGAAUCCCUCUUUAAAAUGUGUGGAACACUGAGAGCAUUGUCCGAUGGAAAAUUAUUGCAUAAUAGACUAAAGAGAAUGUCCAACAACAAUAAUUUCGUUGACAAUUGCAUCCUUCAAAUGUAUUGUGACUGUAAGAGUUUCACAACUGCAGAGAAAUUCUUCGAUGAAAUGGUUGAUAGGGACUUGUUCUCUUGGGCCACCAUUAUAUGUGCUUACACAAAGGAAGGGCAUAUAGAUGACGCUGUUAGAUUACUCUUGCGUAUGCUGGAUUUGGGGAUUAUACCCAACUCCUCUAUCUUCAGUACACUUAUUAUGUCUUUUGCAGAUCCUUCAAUGUUAGACAUUGCCAAACAGUUACAUUCUCAGCUGAUAAGGAUUGGGUUUGCUGCUGAUAUUUCUAUUGAGACGUUAAUCUCCAAUAUGUACGUCAAGUGUGGGUGGUUGGAUGGUGCUGAAGUUGCACUGAAUAAGAUGACUAGGAAAAAUGCUGUUGCAUGCACUGGGUUGAUGGUGGGCUAUACACAAGCUGCAAGGCACAGUGAUGCUCUGUUGUUAUUUGCCAAGAUGAUAAAUGAAGGUGUAGAGUUGGAUGAGUUUGUCUUUUCUAUUGUGCUCAAGGCUUGUGCUGCUUUAGGAGACUUAUUUACCGGAAGGCAAAUUCAUAGUUACUGUAUAAAACUUGGUUUGGAAUCUGAGGUCUCAGUUGGUACUCCACUUGUGGACUUUUAUGUCAAGUGUACAAGAUUUGAGGCUGCACGUCGAGCUUUUGAGAGCAUAUUUGAACCCAAUGAUUUCUCGUGGAGUGCUUUAAUUGCUGGAUAUUGCCAAAGUGGUAGAUUUGACAUGGCUCUAGAGGUUUUUAAGACAAUAAGAAGUAAAGGGGUGUUAUUGAAUUCAUUCAUCUAUACCAACAUUUUCCAAGCAUGUUCUGCUGUCUCAGAUUUGAUCUCCGGUUCUCAAAUCCAUGCAGAUGCAAUAAAAAAGGGGCUAGUUGCAUACCUAUCUGGGGAGAGUGCUAUGAUCACCAUGUACUCAAAAUGUGGCAAAGUAGAUAACGCACAUCAAGCAUUUUCGACAAUAGUUAAACCUGAUACUGUUGCAUGGACUGCAAUAAUAUGUGCUCAUGCUUACCAUGGCAAAGCUUCUGAAGCUUUAACGCUUUUUAAAGAGAUGCAGAGGUCUGGUGUAAGGCCAAAUGAGGUCACAUUCAUAGGUUUGUUAAAUGCUUGUAGCCACUCAGGUUUAGUUAAGGAGGGGAAGCAAUUUUUGGAUUCAAUGAGCGACAAAUAUGGUGUGAACCCAACAAUUGAUCAUUACAAUUGCAUGAUUGAUAUAUACUCUCGUGCUGGACUACUACAGGAGGCUCAUGAGAUGAUAAGGAGUCUGCCAUUUGAACCUGACGUGACGAGUUGGAAAUGUUUAUUAGGAGGAAGUUGGAGCCAUCAGAAUCUUGAGAUUGGAAUGAUUGCCGCUGAGAACAUCUUUCGUCUUGACCCACUAGACUCUGCUACUUAUGUGAUCAUGUUCAACUUGUGUGCUUUAGCUGGGAAAUGGGAUGAGGCAGCCCAAUUUAGGAAGAUGAUGGCUGAAAGGAACUUGAGGAAGGAAGUCAGUUGCAGCUGGAUUAUUGUGAAGGGUGAAGUCCACCGUUUUGUGGUAGGUGAUAGACACCACCCUCAAACAGAACAAAUAUACUCAAAAUUAAAAGAACUCAAUCUUUCUUUCAAAAGGGGUGAGGACUGCCUUCUCAAUGAUGAGGAUGCUGUAUUUGACUUUACUGAACGCAAAGAGCAGCUUCUUGAUCAUAGUGAGAGACUAGCUAUAGCCUAUGGUCUCAUAUGUACCACAGCUGAGACCCCCAUUCUGGUAUUCAAAAAUACACGAUCAUGCAAAGACUGCCAUGAUUUUGCAAAAAGAGUCUCAAUAGUAACUGGUCGUGAAUUAGUUGUUAGAGAUGCCAAGAGGUUUCAUCAUAUUAGUUCGGGGGAAUGUUCUUGCUCUGAUUAUUGGUGA